AUGGCCUACAACGAUGAUGCAGUUCUGGCAAAACUUUCCGCUUUGAACGAGACACAGGAGAGUAUUGUCACCGUUGCGCAAUGGAUCAUGUUUCAUAGGAGAUAUGCCGACCGUACUGGACAACUUUGGCUUCAAAAAUUGAAGGAUUCUGGAAGCAACAAAAGAUUGAAUCUGGUAUACCUCGCAAACGAAGUCGCACAACAAUCCAAAGCUCGGCGCAAGGAUGAUUUCCUCAUUGCAUUUUCUCCCGUAAUCGCAGAGGCUACAGCCACAGCUUAUAAGGGAGCUACAAGCGAUGUUCAAAAUAAGCUGAAGAGAGUCGUGGAAGUUUGGAGACAGAGACAGAUUUUCGAGAUUCCUAUACAAGAGGCAGUCGAGGCUCGAAUCGAGGAACUAGAGAAAUCAAGAUCUUCAAACAGGAAAGGAUUGGGCGGAUCCCUUUUCUCCAACAAUUCAUCGUCGGCGCCAAGCGAACUUCAACCCCUUGUAGGACCCCAACAAACAAUAUCCAAAUUGGUACUUUCUACAAAGACUUCUACGAAUUCUGCGAACAAUGAUUACGAAAAGCUCACAGGUCCAAAUACGCCAACUCCGUCUCCGCCAGUCCAUGCUGCUCGACUCAAUGGCCUCCUCAAGACUUUGGCAAAUGCGGAAGGAGCUGUGGCUGAAGUUAUCAAAUCGCGUAACUUGCUGAUCGAAGGAUUGGAGAAAUUGCUAGAGACAAACCGUAAUGCCCUAGCCGAAGAAGAGGCUCAGCUCAAUCUGCUCUCCUCGCGACGUAAUGAAAUCGACACUAAAAAGAGGGAUGUGGAAGACAGUAUUAUGCGGGGCUUCGCAAACAGCAGCGAGAGUACACCCGCAGAUGGCAGUCCAGGAAACCAAAUGGGUACUCCUAAAUCCGAACCUGACCGUCCGGAAGUUGAACCUCUAUCACCUCCAUUGCGCCCCAUGAAGGAAGAACCCACUCAACAAGAGUCACUUCCAGACUUUGACCUCAAUUCCUCGGCGGCUGCUACUAAUGGUUCGAUUUACACAUCCCAAUCUAUGUCCAUGUCACCAACUUCCGGUUUGGAUUUGCUAAGUAGUGUUUCUACUAGUUAUGGACGCAGCAACUCGAUGAGUAGCAUUAAGAAGAGGAAGUUGAAUGAUGAUUUUCCGGAUAUGGGAGGGGAUGCUAUGGAGGGGUUAGAUGCGGAUGUUGCGGAAAUGUUGAGACAGGAUAGUGCAGGUGCUUGA